GUGCGUCUGGAUCGACAUCAGCUGCAAUCGCUCCUAAUGGGCGACCUAUCCGGUUGCCGGAGCCCCCGUGGCGCCAUGGAAGCACCAGAGCUCGCCGGCGGUGGCGCCAACGCCAUCCGCCGCGCCGUCCUCAUCGGCACUGGCUCCCCCGGCUCCGAGAACCAGUGCGUCGCCCUCGUCCGUGCCCUCGGCAUCGCCAGCGACAACCUCACCGUCUACCGCGUGACGAGGCCGGGAGGAGGGAUCAACGACUGGCUGGGCGUCAUCCCCGUCUCAUUGCACAAACUGAUAGACAAAUUGCUUGUCAGGCCGUUCUCCCGCAGAGCAGGGACGAACACGCCGCAGAAACACGUCCCGAAUGGCGGACUCGCCGCGCUGUCGCCUUCUGUUCCGGAAGCGGACGCCAAGGAGAUCGUGGCCGCCGCUCGCGACACAUUCGACAAGGAAGGCCCAACAUUAGUUAUUGCUUGUGGCCAAGAAACAAUAUCGUGUUCAGCCUUGAUAAGGAAAUUAGCUCCAGACUGUGUCUUUGUCAUUCAGGUCGAUAUAAUGCUGAAGAUGCGGCUCUUCUUCGAGAUAAUCCGGAUGCGACACCCCAGGUUUCGCCCUGAAAGAUUUGACUUGGUGGUGGCUCCUCGUCACGAUUACUACACUUCGACUGCUAAGGGUGGACACCAACAAGAAGUUCCAAGCCUGUUGCAGAGAUGGAUUUUUCCACGAGAGCAGCCGCCGAAGAAUCUGAUGUUUACUGUUGGGGCGCUGCACCAAGCUGAUCCUGCUGCCCUACGUCUUGCUCAUAUAGCAUGGCGUGAUGAGCUUGCCCCUUUAACUAAGCCGCUACUGAUUGUCAACGUUGGAGGACCGACAAAGAAAUGUACAUAUGGUGCAGACCUCGCCACACAGCUCGUAACUUCUCUGUAUAAUGUGCUAGACAGCUGCGGGAGUGUCCGAAUUUCAUUCUCCAGAAAAACACCACAAAAGAUUGCCGAUGUCAUACUUCAAGAGUUUGCAGGACAUCCCAAGGUCUACAUUUGGGACAACCAAGUUCCUUCCAACAAAAGAUGCUAG